AUGGCCUUAAGAUUUCCACAACUACUAAAAGUGGCUGAAGAACAACAAAAUUCAAAAUACAGCAGUGGUGGUAAAAUGAUUCCUACUCCUGAAGAGGCUGCUACGUUCCAGCCCCAAGUUGUUGCAGAGGGUGGAUGGGAAAAAUGUUGGGAAGACGGAGUAACACCGUGGGAUCAAGGUAGAGCCACACCUCUCAUUCUCCAUCUUCUUGACUCAUCCUCUCUCCCUCUUGGCCGUACUCUUGUCCCUGGAUGCGGUGGAGGACACGAUGUCGUUGCGAUGGCAAACCCCGAACGUUUCGUUGUUGGACCAGAUAUAUCUGAAAAAGGGUCAUACGGCUCCGCACCGAAUGCUGAUGAACUAUUCGACCUCAUCUUCGAUUAUGUGUUCUUCUGUGCCAUUGAACCUAUGAGACCUGCUUGGGCUAAAUCCAUGUAUGAACUCUUAAAACCUGAGGGCGAACUCAUAACUCUCAUGUAUCCGAUUACCGAUCAUGUUGGUGGAGCUCCCUACAAAGUAUCUGUCUCUGCGUACGAAACUGUGUUGGUUCCCUUAGGAUUUAAGGCAGUGUCCAUCGAGGAGAACCCAGACUCCAUUCCCACCCGUAAGGGGAAAGAGAAGCUUGGGAGGUGGAAAAAGAUCAACUGA